AGCGAAAGGAAAUUUUUUUUGAAAAAUCCAAACAGUAUUCUUUCAGACAUUGUGAAAGUCAGUAAAAAAUGAAAUUUUUAGUCGCACUUACCAUUUUUGCACUGUUUGAGAUCAACCCAUCUGACUCUAGCCCUGCAAGAUAUCGCCGCAGCGAUCAAUUUGUGCAACGUUUUGAAAAAUUGGGCACUCUGUCCAAACGUUUGAUUCCCCAAACAGAGGCUGUGAUUAAAUUGGCCAUCAACAAAAUACCCACAACAAAUGCCUACACUAAAUAUCGCCAAGACUUACAGAGCUAUUUGAGCAGCGUCAACCAUUACCAUACCAAACGUGGAGGUUGCUAUGAGAAAUCAUUCAAUUUAAUUGGCCAAUAUGCUUCACUGAUGGAACGUUAUGAAAAACCAAAUGCCCUACUGGAAGCCAAAAGAGUGAAGGCCUUGUUGAAAGAGUCUGGCAGUGAUAAUCUGAGCAGAGACUUGGACGAAUGGAUCGAUGCUUAUGAGAAGUCAAAUUUUGAUGUAGAAUCGGAAAAUCUCAGUUCCUCGGAUACUAAGAAAGUUAUGGCACUUCUUCAGGAGGUUUGUUAAGAAAGGGUUUAGCCAAUUUUCCUAGUGUGACAAAGAUGUGAUAACAAUAUCUGUGGUAUAGUAGAGUGAUAUGUUAAUGUAUGUUCCAGUAGUUUUAUGAAAAAUGAGCUAAUAAAGUUAGAAUUGAUAU